UGUACUUCCGCGGAUAGAACGCGAAGCGUGAUGCUGACGAGCGUCGAGACGCCGAGCACCAGUUCGAGAGAAUCGUCGGUAUCAAAAGCAUCGGUACAAUAUACUUUGAACAGAGACACGCGAGAUUACCAAAAUAAUCCAGGGGGAAGAAUUUAAAAUCGAGGAGAUACAUGGAAGAAAUAUUAAUCAGUGAUACACCUCGUUAAUGGAAUAACGAACCGGCGAUCGUGCCACGCUUGGCGCGGUGUAACAGCGUCGUACUUGAAUCUCUGCACUUUCGAAGGGAACGUUUAACGCGUCCGCACCGAGUUUGAUCGACCAUACGGAUUUCUGUAUAUUUAAACCACGGUCGUUAGUUUAUUGUUAAAUACGUCAGUCGCUGUCGAAGGGUUUAUAAUAGAAGAAAAAAAUAAGGAAAAGGCAAAAUAGAAUUCAAUAAAAGCUAUGCGCCAAGUAACGGGUGUUAACGUCUCUCGCGUUGAAAUGUAAAUAACAAUAAACUUGGGGGCUGCCAAUGAAAUUUUAAGAGCUAUAUACAAAAAGGGAAAACGAUGAAAUAAAACGGAAAGUAUGCGAGAGGAAUGUCGUCUCGUUUUACAGCUGGUUAAAAAAGACGUCGUCGCGCUUGCGGUCCGGAGGGCAUAAAGUAAUCGGGUCUGUCUUCGCGAUGUAGACAGCGCAAAAGUAAUACGAUUUUAAUAGCGAAGUACUCGAAAUCCCGGAACCAGUAACUUGUGACAAUGGAAUGAGACGAAGAGUUGCCCGACGGAAUCGUCACUUUCGCCUCUGUUAAAAUUUCAACGAGGAAAAGGAGAAUUCGAAAUAAUUGAGGAAAAGCCGGAGCAGCGGUACUUUCGUCGGAUGCUCGGCGCUGAUCUACCGCACUAGAGCUUGCAGUGGUGUUUAAUAAGUGGAGGGAAGGCACCCCUCUCAAACAUUGGCAACUUUACUACCCGGAGCUACAAGUAUAACCGCAAGGAGUGAGAUUCUCGCGUGUUCAUCUCAAGUUUUGGGGUAAGGGGGUGCUUUCAAACGUGCCAGCUCUCUUCGGUCUCCUUGGACUUCGCUCUGUUCCUCCUUACUUCGGAAGGUUCAAAACCUACAGCUCAUACGAGUAGAGGGGAAAACGUGAAGCUGAAGAGGAAAGGAAACCAUCGCCAGAGGAAGUAACGUCUAUUAAUUAUUUUUCCUGCUCGUGUUCUAAUCGUAUUCGUACAUGCAGACGUUGAUCCGAGGAAACGAACGAUGUGAUACUCUCGCUGAUACAGUUUGAAAAAAAAUAUAUCUUCGCCAUCUCAUUUAUUCCGCGGCUCAUAUUCGUUUCCACUCGUCCAUUACCGGUAUGCCAACGAACUAAGAAACGAAAUAUCUCAAGGGUGGUGGACCGAAGCGAAGAGGAUCGAACGAUCGAAGGGGUGAAAAUUCUUUCAUCGCCAAAAAUCACGAAUUCCGUCCAACGACAGUAUGAGGCCGUCGGGACCACCGCAGAACACCGUCUACGAGAGAAUAUUUCAAUUCCAAAAGAACAAACGGCGAAUUCAGGGGACCAAUUAAACUGUGAGACGCGAGAAAUUCACGUAAGACGUUUCGGUCGACUUCGAACGCACUCAGGUAUACGGAUAAUGAGAAAAAAAUGAACAAAUAAAUAAACGAAUUAUCGCGGAAUUCUUAAUUCCGAUCCCCCGUAAGACCAGUCGAUAAACAAGAAGAGGAAAUGAAGUCGUUCGUGAUGGACCAGCUCCUCGUCGAUCAAAAUGACACGUACUCGACGAAACUACUGGGAGAGACGCGGGUCCGACACGCUCUUCAUCGUUUCUAUCGUGAAAUGUUGGCCACUUCUUUGCCAACGUCGACCUCGUUGAACUUCACCCCUAUGAGCGAGGAGAGUUCGGAGGCAGGCAAUGAGACGUCGUCGAGUGAAGACGUGGACGAAGGAACGCAAAAAUUGUAUCUCUACGGAACACCACCUCUGAUAUUUUUCUGCGUAAUAUCCGUGGUGAUAAACGUAGAGAUAUUAGUAAGCGUCUACUGGAUUCGGAGGCCGCUAAGCCCGACGCUUCACAUUAGCUUGAGUCUUGCCGGAGCUGACGCAUUUUCAAGUAUUGCCUUGGGUGUUGGCCUCGUGAUGAACAGCUUCGUACCCUUCGGCUUGGGGCUCACACUCAACGGUGUGGAUUGUUUCCUAUUGGGACUCGAAGCCGUGCGACUCGGGGCUAUUAUCAUAACCGUGGCGCAUCUCAUGGCCUUGGCAGCGAAUCACUAUCUUGGAAUUUUAAAACCGUUGCACUAUCUUUCGAUUAUGACGCACAGGUACACGACGUUGCUGGUGAUAUUGCUGUGGAUCCUUCCGCUUUCUCUGUUCCUGAUUUAUUUCGGGCUGAUCGAGAACCAGGGGUUUCAGUCGGAGAUGUGCGAGAUAAAUACGUUUCUCUUCCACAAAAACUUCCGGUUGAUGUUCAGCAGUCUAUUUUUUGCACCCUUUCUGGUCAUGGUUUGCAUCUACACCCACAUAUUCUGCAUCGUCAAACGGCACCAGGCUUCCAGACUCAGAUUUAGCAGAGCCGGAUCGCUCCAUCGAGGAUCGAAAAAUCUCGGGCAGAAUUCAUCCCAGCAGAUGGCCAGAAACGUCAAAGCCAUUCAUACGACUCUGUACAUCCUCGGAAGUUACGUAGUCGGCUGGAUGCCAGGCACCAUAAUGUACACUCUAGUUUGCGAAGACUGUCUUCUAAAGUUUGACUGGAUCACGGGAUACGAAAGGUUCUUUCUCUUCAACGCAAUCAAUUUUCUAAUUAUUCUCAAGACACUAGUUAACCCGAUAAUAUACGCUGCCAGGAUGCACGAGAUCAAGGUGGCGAAAAGGCGGAUGCACGCAUCUCUUUGCAGGUGUUUUAAUCCUACAAGAGGCGAUGGUAUGGCUAUCGGUCUUCACUGUAGCAGCGAGGGAAAUCAGAGCAACAGAGCGUCGCUUUCUAGAACGGCUGUUUGUCGAUUGGCAAGUAAUGUGAGCAUUCGAAAUCCCGGGAGUAGCAAUAGGUCGUUUACAAGAACUAACACCGUUCUCUAAGGACGGCAGGAGCCGGUUGUCCAAAUAGCCAAUUCAGGUCAUUGGACAGACGAGGCUCUUGAAAUGAAAAGAUUCGACGUCUCACAGAUAGGAGGGUGAUUAAAAAUAAUGAGGUAAACCUGGAAGAACGUUAAAUAGUAAAACGCGAACUUUUAUUCUCUACGAAAAAAUUGGAGGACCUAGAGCUUUUUACUUUAGGAAGUGUGCCGCAGUAGAAAUUCAACGAACUCAACAGGUGACUUGUAACGCGGUCAGAUCGGAGUUACGUGAACAUUUGAAAAAAAAAAAAAUUAAUACAUACUUAAAGGACUGCAUA